AAACACAGUAGAGAAAAUGGAUGAUUGUUGCGCCGUUUGCGCAGAGAAUCUCGGAUGGGUUGCCUACGGAUCUUGUGGUCACCGAGAGGUUUGUUCUACAUGUGUCGUUCGUCUUCGCUUCAUAUUCGGCGAUCGUCGGUGCUGUAUCUGCAAAACCGAAUGUCCCAUCGUCUUCGUUACAAAGGCUUUUGGUGAUAAUACAAAGACGAUUACUGAUUUCUCAACCUUCCCGUUGGAACCAAAUGAAGGUCGAGUAGGAUCUUUCUGGUAUCAUGAGGAAACCAAAGUUUUCUUUGAUGACUUGAACCAGUACGCAAGGGUUAAGGCAAUGUGCAGACUCUCUUGCACCUCUUGUGACAAGACGAAAAAGAUCCAAACAAAAGGAGGAUCUAACCAUCGUUUGCGGUUUAAGAGCGUUGAACACUUGAAGGAUCACUUAAAUCAUCAGCACAAAUUGCAUAUGUGCAGUUUAUGUCUUGUAGGCCGUAAGGUAUUCAUUUGUGAGCAAAAGCUAUUUACUAAGGCACAACUGAAUCAACAUAUAAGUAGCGGUGACUCGGAAGUGGAUGGAAGUGAGAGUGAGAGAGGAGGCUUCACUGGUCAUCCCAUGUGUGAGUUCUGUAAGAUUCCAUUCUAUGGUGGCAAUGAGCUUUACACUCAUAUGUCUAGAGACCACUACACCUGUCAUAUAUGCCAAAGGCUGAAGCCGGGACAAUAUGAAUAUUAUGGAAACUAUGAUGAUUUGGAGGCUCAUUUCCGCAGCGACCAUUUUCUAUGUGAAGACGAGUCUUGCCUUGCUAAAAAGUUCAUAGUUUUCCAAUUCGAAGCUGAGUUGAAAAGGCAUAAUUCUGUUGAUCAUGGAGGUAGAAUGUCUCGAUCUCAGCAAAGCACUUCGAUACAGAUGCAAGCGGCUUUCCAACACCAGAACAGUCGCCGUGGAAGAAGACGAUCAUCUCGUCGCGAGACUAAUCUUGCAGUUCUGGAAUCUCCAGCAUCUUAUGCCAUUAACGACGGUCAUCCACUUCUACAACCUGUAUGGAGCUCUGGAGGUUCACGUCUGGGAGAAUCUUCGUUUCCUCCACUCUCUGAGCAAGCAAACCGUGGCCAAACAAGAUUUGGACAGAACUUGGAAAGUUUAUUUAGUAACACCUUGACUACUACUAGUUCAAGACAUCAGACAAAUAGAAGUGCAUCUUUUGGAUCUUCUCGAGCCUGGCCAGCGUUAAUCCGAGGCCCAACGCAAGCAUCUAUUACCAGCAGUGUUCAAUCUUUUAGUGCUUCUGCUCAAUCUCAGUCUCAAACUAGGCACCAUGCCAGGGCUGAAAUUACUAGAAAUCUUGCUUCUGCAGCUCCACAGGAUGCUCGCAAUGAACAUACUGCAGUUGGUGGAUGUUCAUCCUCUUCACUGAAUUCCGGCAAUGCAAAGAGUAAUCAUCACUCAUCUUCAACUUCUAAGAUGUCUGAUACAAGAUCAUUAGAUCAGCCUUCUCAUUCCGGUUCUCCUCCAGUUUCUGCUGUGAAAAAUCGCAGGGCAUCAUCCACCAUUGUUAAGGUGCCGAACAUCCAAGAACCACAAGGUGUUUCUGAUGUGCAGUCUACCAACAAGAGUUUGGUUGAAACAAUACGUGCCAGUCUCGGUCACGAUGAAGAGUUAUUCAUGGCCUUUAAGGAUACAUCAGGAAAGUAUCGUCAUGGUUCGAUCGAUGCAAGAACAUAUUUAGAGUAUGUGAAAGGCUAUGGUUUGUCUCACUUGGUUCUUGAUAUGGCUAGACUCUGCCCUGACCCUAAGAGACAGAAGGAGCUCAUUGAUACCCACAAUGCUUGCUUGAGAAGAGGAAACAAUACAGUGGAGAAUAGGUGCACUGUGUGGAGCAGUUCUCAGGCGCAAGAGAGUUGCGGAUUGAAGAAAAACAAAGGGAAAGCUGUGAAGGUUGAAAGUAGCAGUGACUCCGUGGGAGUUAAGUUGCUAUUCUCUGACAGACCUAAGGAUGAAGACAAGGAUGCAUACCGUUCAGACAAAGGCAAAACAAAAGUGACAACAACCGUGGAUUCUUCAUCAGCUAGAGUGGGGUUAGACAACACGGGCAAGCAAUGUAAGAAAACUUCAAAGUUUCACAGAGCACGUCUGGGCGAGAAAUCAAUGUCUGCAGCUCUAAACCUUAAGAAUUCCAACCCGGAGCCUGAACCAGCAUCUAAGAAUGAUAACUCGAAAAGUAGCCAGAGCUCUAGCGGUGGAUUGCAACUUCGUGGUGCUUGGCGGAGAGGAAGUGCAAAACUCUUCUCCUAGUUCCACAAUCUCCGGUCUCUUUGGCUUUCUCAAACAAUGUUAUGACAAAAGAGGAGCCCCUGGUUUAGAUUAGUGGUAGUUAUUUUUAAUUUCUAAUGAUAACUUAAUUUAGAUCUUGCUGUUAAUGACGCCUAAGAACUUGAAUAUUUUUUUUGUUUUGUUA